AUUCACUGUGGACUUUGGUGAAUGUAUGCUUCUGCAUUUGACUUGAGACCUCAACCUGGAGAGAUGGUGGUGAGCCGAAGUGAUGUUAAAAGAAGGCGUAAGGAGGGGAAUAUCCUGCAGGAAUCCAUACAAGGAAGCCCUAAGAGAACAAAGGUCCAUGCGCAACGGAAGUUUGCACAAGGCUCUUCCAACAUGAGCAGUCCUGCACUGACUCCGGUUAAAGAUAAGGAUAAAGUGAAAACCAAUGGUGUAGUGUUAUCACCAGAGCUUAUACCAGCUAAGAGGCCAAAGACAGAAGAUUUUCUUACAUUUCUCUGUUUUCGAGGAACUCCAGUCCUGCCACCGUACUUGGAUUUCUUCAACAUUGCCACAGUGCAAGAGACCCUUGAUGAGGAACAAGGUUCAUCAUUGGGCGAGUGCAGCAGAGAGAGCACCCGUAAUAGCAGAAUUGCUUCAGCAUCUGUGGGAAGCAGCAAGCUGCAGCGAUCUACUGAUAGAAAUAUCACUGAUACAUCAGCAUGCUCUGGUGUUAUCAAGAAAUUUGACAGAUCAGAAAGUGAUGGAAGGCGCAAGCCACCAACAGCUGUGCAAGCACUGAGAAGAAAGUACCAAGAACAAAGGCUGGCUAAGCAGAGAGCUAGUACACUCAAUAAGUUGGCCCAGAAAGUUAAAGGAAAGAAUAUGGUUCGAACACGUUCUUCUGCACAUAAUGAGGAAGUGCCACCAAGUAUGAAUACUAAACCAUCAAGAGGUAACAUAGAUAAGAAAGCUGUAAGAGGAGUGAACAUGGUGGAGAGGAAAAUCAAGUGUGCAACAAAACCUAGCCUUUUGACAAGGAUGCACACACGAGAAAAGACAAUAAUGAAGACUAGGACAAAUAGGACAUCUGUAAAUUCUAUCAGGAGAGAUGGCCUCCGUAGUGGUGGCCAGUUACCACCUGGUAGUGAAGCUGGCCUCAAGAGUGAAAGAGUUCUGAAGCAACCAGAACAACCGCAACAAACUCGUUUAAAGCCAGGUGUGAAAAAGAAAAUAGAAAAAAAUACGAGCAAAACUUUUGCAAGUUCAUUAUCAGACUUUUCAUCUGAUGAUGACCAGCCAUUAGCAAAGAAAAUAAAAGUGAAACCUAUUGAACAUGCUUCUUCUAGUCGACAUCUUGCAAGGAAAGUCAUCAGGCGGAUUGUAUCGAAAAGAAUGAAACCAAGAAUGAUAACUAGGUCACAGCAGCAACAGCAGCAGGCCACAGAGAAGGAGCAAACAGAAGUAAGGCUUUACACAAGACCUCCUCGCAAAACAAAGGAAGCUGCAGCUAUUUAUAUGGAAUUGCUGGGCAGGAAGCUGAUCACUCCAGAAGCAGAAGCAGAUGAAGAUUCACUCUCCAUUGACAGUUUUCCAGAGCUUCCCAAUGCCAGACGAAUUGAGCGACGAGAAAGUGAAAUUAAGGCACGAGCAUACAAAGAAAGGAAAGAAGCUCAGCAGUUAAAAGAGAAUCCAAAGACAACAUUACCACAGAAAUCUAAAUCAACUGAUGGUGCAGCUGGUAAACAGAAGCAAAUAGAAGUUAUAAAUGUUAAAAAAUUGUCCAUGAGAAACAGAAGACUACCUGUACAAAAGCCAGAAUAUUUGAAGAAUAUUGAUAAAGUUAAGUUACCAGUGCCAGAUAUUCUGCAUAAGAAGGAAUCUGUUACUGUAAAAGAAAAUUUGGUGAGUAAAAAACAGGAUGGAACAAGACUGGGGCUGCAAAUGAGGCCAAGGAAAAUGUCUGCCAGAUUGCAAGGUGUUGAUAAUCAUUCCCAUGAGGAAGGGGAAACUGAUGUAGACUCAAAUUGUGAUAAGAUGAAGCCUCAGUCUGCUCCCCGCCGCAGUCUGCGGAGAGGUUCUCGAGAAACUUCUCAAGAAGUACCUCAGCAAAGCUCCUCUGGUACAACUGAGCAAAGCACUUGUGACAUAAUUGAGCAAGUUUCAAGUUCUGAAAUUACACCUGCAGACUCUGUAUUGUCUAAGGUCCUGACUAAGAGGAGCAAGCCAGUACCAUCUUUACUCUCUACAUCUCCUCUCCCAAGAAUUUUAAGAAAUUUUCCCAAAUCUCAAGAUGAUAACUCGUGUCAUUCAGAAGAGACAUUCAGUGAUUCUGAUGAAGAGCCACUUGGGAAACUGGCUUUGAAACAUUCAGCUAUUAAGAAAUUAAACAAGGAAAUGGUUGUUAAUAAAGACACUUCAGUAGAAGAGAAAAGUGAGGCAAGAGAAGAAAGGGCUCAAGUUAUUAACAAAAAAGUUAGCAUGAAUGAAGGUAUGGCAUCAGUUUUGGGUUCAGAUGAUACAGAGAGGAAUAACGCCCUGAAUGAGAAAAACGCUGAACAAGUUUUGAAAGUACUUGUGACUACUGCACACAAAGGAAAUGAAAAGAUUCUGCACCAACCAAAUGAUGAUGUCUCUAAGGUCAAGGUCAUAGAGUUUUCAAAAGUUGUUGGAACUAAGAAUAAGGAAUUAUCACAAAGAAAAAAGGAUGGUAAUAUCUCACAGGAUAUAGGAACAUCUCAUAGAAAGAGUGAAGAGAAUCUUGCUACUAAAGAUAGAGAACUACCACAUAGAAGUGAAGUUGUAAAUUCUAAAUCCAAAGAAAAGCUGCUCAAAAAGAAUGAAGUUGAUAAUAAUAAGAAAAAAGAGAUAUUACAGGGGAAGAAUGAAGUAGGCACUUUUAAUAAAUGUAAAGAAUUGCCUUCAAAAAAGAGUGAUUUUAUUGAAAGAAAUCAAGGCAUUUCUAACAGAAAGGGUGAAGAGGAUACCGAGAAUGAAGAAAUAUACAGAAAGACCAGAGAAUGUGGUAAUGCUAGGUCUAAAGAAGCACCUCUAAAAGGGAGUGAUGAAGUUGGUGCUGUGGCAGAAGAAGUGUCAUUCAAAAAGGCUGAAGAUGAGCUUCAUAUUAAGAAGAAAGAAAUGAUACUAACAAGCUGUGAGGAAGAUCACUUUAUAACCAAAACAAAUGAAACAUUACUGAAGAAAGUGGAAGAAGUUGAUAUUAAGAGAAUAAAGAUAUUACAGCAGACAACAGAAGAUGAUCUGAAUAAGGUGAAGAAAAUUGUAGCACGGAGGAAGAGUGAAAAUUCUAGUAUUAUGAGUAAUGAAGUAGCAAAUAGGAACUGUGAAGAGGACCUUAUUACCAAAAGUGUAGGUAUACCAUCAAAGAAGUGUGAAGAGAUUAUCUUAUCUGUAAAAAGUAACAUUUAUGUUAAUGCCAAUACUGAAGAAAUAUCAAGCAGAAAGAGUGAAGGAAAUAUUUCUGAGAAUAAAGAAGCUUCACAAAGGAAGAAUGAACAUGGGACUAGCAAGAAUAAACAGUUUGAAGAUGAUAUUCUGACAAAAAACAAAGAAAUACUGUCUAAGCAGAGGAAAGCUCUUAGUACUACAAAUGAAGAAAUAGCACCUGGUAAUGGUGAGAUUUGUCCUAAGAAUGUGGAAAAACUGCAGAGGAAGGAUGAAAAUGUUAACACCAAGAUAACAGAAAUACCAUCAGGAAAGAGCAAAGUUUGUUGUACUGCAAGUGAACUUUCAAAAUGUUUGAGGGAUGACAGGUAUUUAACAUAUAACACACAACCAAAGUCAGAAUGUGUCACAGCUAAAGAUGAGCUCCUAGAAGGUCAGGCAACAAAAUAUUCCAUUUUAUUUGGUCGAGUAGAACCAUUAAUGAAGGGUAAAAUAAUCAUAACGACAGAAGAAUUAACUGGUGAGGUAGGUAGUAGCAAAGAUGAGAAACUAGAACCACAUAACGAGAUGAACAUGUCAAAUAAUGUGAAAAUUUUGAACAGUAGACUUGUAAAUGAAAUCAUGGGUAAUAAUAAAGUAGACAUUGCACAGUCUUCACAUGUCCUGAAAAGAAAUAUAUUGGAAUCAAAAACUGAACCACAAACUGUGAAAACUGAAUUAGAAAUGGUACAAACUGAAAAGCAGACUAGCAGUAGUAAAAUUGUGCAUGUUUCUAACAAAGUAACUGUUCUUAACAUUGAAAAGAAAUUGCCUAAUGUGCAAAUGCCAGUCAGUGCAAGUAUUCUCACAUUGACUGAAACUAAUGUUGACAGUCAUGCAAUGUUGCACACUGGAAUUUUAACUUCCCCAAAACAUGCUCUGGAUGACAGCAGUGAUUCUGAAGAUGAUAUAGUAUUGAAGAAUCUUUCCAGGGAAAAGGUGUCAAGAAAGAUAGAAGAACCUUUAUCAAAAUAUCCUAACUUAGUUUUGCCUGUCAGUGGUGUUGUUUUGAAGCAAGGCAGUAAGAUAAAAAUGCGAUCUGAGCAUGCCCUUCCUAAACCAGUUGAAACUGAAGCACCCAUGAUCAGUCAUCUGCCAAUUGUAAACAGAUUGGGAUUGACAUCAGUGAAAAAGGCAGCCACAACAAAAGGUGAUAAUGAAAACAGAGACAAAUUUACACAUUUGAGAAUUGUGGAUCUCAGAAGAGUUGAAAAUGUCUCUUCAAGUCAAACACUGGGAUUCCUUGCCAAAUCAAACAUACAGGAACCUACAUUCAGAGACAAAGUAAAAGCAAAAAUGAAUAUGUCAAAUGAACAGAUUGAGAAAUGGCUGAAUGAAAGUUACAUAGAAGAAGCAGAUUCUAAAAAUUCAAUGUUUGAUAAGUGCAUAGAGCCAAUCAUGGAAGAUCAGGAAAUUUUAAACACCGUUGAUUUUAUGCAUAGUACAGAAAGCAAGGAAUGUGAUUACAGGGCUAACCUCUUGGGAGAAGUGGUGAAAUCAGGGAAAGGUGCCUCAUACUUGAAAGAGAUUGUUGGUGAACAGUUGUACAAGUCUGAUAAAAAUUCUUCAUUCUUAAGGGAUGAAUUUCAGCAGAAAAUUGUUGAAUUGCAAGAAGUAACUCCUCAUUUUAAUGUCAGUUUCAAAAAGAUGACACGUGAUGUUGCUCCUAGUAAUGCAAAGUCUUCUGUAAAGAGUUUGUUGAUGUUGGAUGAAGGAAGAGAUUUGAGAUCCUACUCAAAUAGAGCUGGUUCACUAGUCAAAGAACUAGGGUCCAUUGAUGUGGGUGUAAUUCCUAAUAGUCAUCAAAGAAGUAAAAUGAGUACAAGAAAUCAGGAAGAAAAUGAAGGUGAUAUUAGCAAAGAAGAAACUACUGUUAGAAAAUUCCAAAGGGACAUAAGUUCAGGUUCAGCAUUUCAGCAUAUUGAAAAUGAGUCUGUUCUGUUGGGGCCUUCGUGCAGUAGAACAGACAGAAACCAGUGGAGUAAUCAGGAGAAGUUGACACAUAAUAUUCAGUUACAAGGAGACACACAUAUUGAAGAAAAGGUUAAUAAAUUAAACCCAGAGACAAAGAAGCAGGAAGGAAAUACUACUCAUCAUAGCAUCAAGUCACAGCCUCUGCAGGAUCGUGGAGGGGAAAAAAAGUCCAUAUUCCAGCAACGCCGUUCAUUCCUACACAAAGCAAAGGAACGCAAAGAUAUGACUCCAAGUGCAAAUGCUUUCUCUCCAGAAAAUGAAAGCAGUGUUUACGCAUUUGAAUCUGAACCUGACCUGCCACCAAUUAGCACACCAUUCAGACGUAGGGCAAGAGAUAGUCGAACAUCUAGUACAACAACAUCAAAAUCUGAGGAAGACUUGGCACGAUUGGAUGAUGAAAUAACACCACCUCCAUCAGCAGUUCAAAUGACAGUACAGACUGUACAGUCACCAACAGUACCAACAGUAUCGUCAUCAGCAAUGCAGACAGUCCAAUCUCAGCAGCUUACUUUGCCAGUUGUCGAGCAACCUAUACAGACUUUGCCUUUAUCAACAGCCAUAGUACAAAUCAUACCAACACUUCCAGUAACCAUGAGACCUAUACAGGUUGAAAAUUUUGUACCAUCUCAGCAAAAACAACAACAACAGCAAUUACUGUUGUUACAGAAUGAUGCUGUGAUGACAACAUUGAAAACUGGAUGUACUAGUAGCACAUCCAUUGCUGUUCAAGUAAACUUAGAUAAUGAACCCAGCUUUGAUACAUCAUCUCAAAACACAUUAACAUCAGAUUCAGCCAUUCCAGAACCUCUGCUUCUUCGAAGCAUGGAAUGCUCCACACAGACAGAUGUAGCUGAAGAGGAAGAAGAUGACAGUGAGGGACAUUUGUUUUAUAUCCCACUGCAGCGUCCUGGUACAGGAGUGUCAUUGGCUGCUCCAACACAGCAGUUGAUACAAGGUGUUGCAGUCAAACUUGGCACAGAAGGCCCAACAGGACCAAAUCAGCGUGUCAUCAUGCGAGCCAAACUAGUCACUAAACCACCUACCUUCAAUCGCACUAGAGUAGGAAUUCAAGAUGGAAACACGAUUGGUAUUGGAAGGCCUGUGGUCACUACACAGCGUCAAAGACCUGCUGGAAUGUUGAUGAUGGAGCAGAAGAAUAUGUAUGGUUCUGUAUCUGGAGCAACUUCAACUGUCACUACUGGAACAUAUCCACCAGUUGGUACUGUUCAACCAACCGCUCGUGGUCGUAGACUUGUUAUUCCUCCAAACAACCAAACAAAUAAUAAUGCUAUAACAGAUAAAGUGCCAAAUAAUACAGACUUGAAUACUCUGAAGAUGCCUGAAACUGCUGGAAAAAUUGUUGAUAUUUCUUCAGGUUUAUGUACAGAAUCUGAAAUAGACAGUGCAGUGAAUAAACCUCUGGCCAUAGUUCCUGCAAAGCCUGUUGAUAAGGCACAGCAGAAUAUAGUAGCUUCCAUAAAAGAACAGAAGAGUUCUUUGGACCCAAAUAUUUUUUCCUUUUCCUCACUUGGUGAUGUGGUGGCACCUAAAUUGGCUACAAACAAAGGUCAAGGAAAUGUAGGAAAGGAGCGAAGAUGUUCAACAGAGGUGUACUCCCCAAGCACUUCAUAUACAUCCAAAUCAGGAAGUAGUAAGCGAAGUUCUCAGAAAGCAAAAUCAAGCUAUGCAUGUAAACCAAGCAACACUACAAACUUUCCCAAUCUGGAAAGUCCAGCUCAGAUGGUCGAAGCACCUGUCUUUCAUCCAACAGAAAAGGAAUUUCAAGACCCACUAGAGUAUAUUGACAGAAUUCGCCCUGUGGCUGAAAAGUUUGGGUUGUGUCGUGUUGUGCCACCACCUAAUUUUAAGCCAGAAUGUAAAGUCAGCGAUGACAUGCGCUUUCUGGCAUACAACCAGUAUGUCCAUAAGAUGCUACACCGUUGGGGACCAAAUGUUAAGGAAAUGAUGGCUAUUAAGAAGUAUUUAGCUACGCAGAGUAUAUCUUUCAACCAUCCUCCUUGGAUUGGAGGCAUGGAGGUUGACUUACCACGAUUGUACAAAAUAGUUCAAAGUUUUGGUGGUUUGAAAGAAGUAAUUGAGAAGAAGAAGUGGCAUCGAAUUGCAGAUGGAAUGAAGAUUCCAAAAUCUGCACAAGAUAGAGUCACAAAGUUAGAUGACAUAUACUGCAAGUAUUUAUUGCCUUAUGACACACUUUCACCAGCUGAAAGACAGAAACUGUUUGAUGAAGUGGAUAAAGAAUGGACUGAGCGAGAGAAACAAGCAACUUUAUCGGCCAGUCCAAGUGGCAGUGAUGUGCCUGAGGAAGAGUGUGAAGGUGACACAUCAGAUGAAAGUGAAGAAUGCAUUGUGAAGGGACGCAACAUGCCCUUGAAUGCAUUCUACCGCAUUGCACGGAACACAAUGAGCAUGUGGUUCCGUCAGGCUGAACCACCAGCAUCUGAAGUGGAGCAGGAAUUUUGGCGCCACGUAACUCUACGACAGAGUCAUGUUUGCGUUCACUCUGGUUCCAUUGACUCUAGUGGCUGGGGAUAUGGUUUCCCAUGUUCUAAAAACAGCCCAUUUGCACGUCAUCCAUGGAAUCUUAAGGUGCUCACCAACAAUAGUGGUUCAAUCCUGCGAUCCAUUGGACCUAUAAUGGGUGUUACUGUUCCCACCCUCCAUGUUGGAAUGCUGUUUACUGCAUGCUGUUGGUAUAGAGAUCCACAUGGUCUACCAUGGGUUGAAUACCUUCAUACUGGAGCCAAUAAAAUUUGGUAUGGUAUUCCUGAUGAGUAUAGUUCAGUGUUCAGAUCAGCUUUAACAAAACUAGUGCCCAGGUAUUGCAAGAAUAAGACAAUAUGGCUUCCUUCAGACACCGCAAUGGUUCCUCCACCAAUGUUGGUGAAACAUGGUGUUUCAUUGUGCCACACAGUACAGGAGCCCGGCCAGUUUAUUUUGGUGUUUCCACGUGCUUUUACAUCCAGUAUUUGCACAGGUUACCUGGUAUCCGAGAGUGUCUACUUUGCACAGCCUAACUGGCUCAACACAGCAGAACAAGUAUUCAGAGAUAUUCAGAACAGUUGUGAACCUUCCAUGUUCUCUUUGGAGAGACUACUGUUCAGUAUUUCAACAGAUGGUAGAACAAAUGUUGAAGUUUUGAAACAGGUUCUACCAAUGAUUGUACAGAUCAGACAGCAGGAACUGGACUAUCGUAAGCAACUGUAUGCAUUGGGACUUAAAACAUCGGAACGUUUGCCAUUGCCUGAAGUGAACAUUAAACGUCGUAAAGCUCGCCAAGCUCGCGAAGAGGAGGCAGAUUAUGAGUGUGAGAUGUGUCGAGCUAACCUCUUUGUGUCAUUGGUAACUAACGCACAUGAAGAAGCAGUUUACUGUCUUCCUCAUGCAGUAGAACUUCUGACAAAGAAGAGGCAUGAUCUCAAAUACUGCAAACUCUUGUACACAUAUGAUCAGGCUGAACUGAAUGAACUAAUUCAGAAGCUACAAGAAAGAAUUGAAGCGAAGAGUCAGAGAAAAUCGCAAGGGAAGCACAGCACCUCUUCACAUAAGCCAUGACUGCAAACAUAUAUUUGUUAAGUCUACACAGAUUACCUACCUGCUAAUCUAGGAGAUGAAGUCCACAUUCCAGAUUAUAACUGUGAGUAGCUUAUCCCUUGCAGAUUUUAGUUCCUGAAGGGAGGAGGAAAGAGAACACAGAAGAAUUUUAUAAAGAACAAUUCAGAAUUGCAAGCUAUUAACAGAUUUUGCUUCCUUCAUUGACAUGAGAAUUUUAAACACUUUCUUUAAUCUCUUCUCUAAGAGAGCUACACAAAAAUAAUAGACUAUGUAAUUACCAACAAGAAACUCUUUUCUUUAAUACAAGAGUAUGUAGAGGAAGUGAGGCAGGAUCAGAUUGUUUACUGAUUUCAUUUUUGAUAAUGUUUAAAAGGUGUUUGAAAAUAAAAUCAAAACAAAUACUACCCACAAAAUAAAUUUAUAAAGUACACUUAUUAAGAAAUGGAAGGAAGUGUCAGACUCAUAUCAGAAUAGAAUGAAUAAACAUAUGCAGGAGGUUAACUUGAAUAAUAACAGUAUUAAUCAAGUUUGGGAAAUUUUCAAAUCCAUAGUACACAGAACAGCAACAGAAGCAUUUGAAGAAAAAAGGUUAGCUACCAGAGGAAUACAAAUGCAGCACAGAAAAUAAAAGAUAAGAAACAAGCAUACUGGGUGUUUACAUAAAGCAGCUCUGCAACAGACAUAACUGAAUAGUGGAACUAGAAUAUGAUGUGCACAGACAUCAAAAUAAAGCUUAUAAAAUAAUUAAAGAGUCAAAUAAAGCAGAGAAAAAUGCUGCAAUAUGCUUUGAACCCUAUACCCUCUGCAUCAAUGGGAACAAUGUUUUCAAGAAUUAUGGAUAAGCAAAAAAUAAGUAACAGUUAUGAUGGCAGAAAAUGAAGUUUAUUAGGUCCCAUUACUCUGGAUAAAUUGUUAUUAACAUUCAGAAGUAACAGAAGCACCAGGACCAGACAAUACAAAUAUAGAAUUAACAAAAAAAGGCAUUGUUACCUUAUCUUGUGAAAUUUUAAGAAUUUUUGAAUUCAUGUUGGAAAACUGGUUCGAUUCCUGAUGAUUGGGAAAAAAAUUGAUGUUGGCAAUAUUUAAGAAAGGCAACAUAUUUAUAGAGGCAUAGAUCUGUUGAACUCUUUUUUAACUGGAGUAUGCAAAAGUAUUAUUAGAGUGAGUAAAUAAAAUAGCAGAAAGCAUUUUAAGAGAGGAAUGAAAUGGCUUCAGGAAAUGCUGCUAUUGCAAACAUAGUGUUUAUUCAGUAACCCAACUAAUAGAAAAAAUAAUUUAAUCUUCCCACAUAUAUUGCCUUUAUAGAUUAUAUAAAGGCUUUUUAUAUGGUUAACAGAAUAAGUUAUGGCAGAUAUUUGCACUGAAAGGAUUUCUUAAAUUCAGUGUACAUGGCUAUUUCUUGCCUUUUCACUAAUGUAGCCAUGUACCAAGAUGCAAUCCUUAAAAUUCUUCUACAUUGUUCAUCAUUUAAAAGAAUACCUAUGAAAUAUGAUCAACUGUUCUGUGAGCUUGAAGACCAGUGAUACAGAAAUAAAUAUGUAACAGAGAAUGAAGAUUUUGAAUUAAUGCUCUUUGAGUGUUUUUGCCAGAAAAGACUGACUGGCAUACCUUUCGAGAGACCAGCCAUCAAUACAAGAACUAUUUUGUGGCACAUUUUACAGUUUAACAUAAUAGCUGAAUCAUGCCAUCUCUGGAUCCCUGGUAUGCGUAACAUCAAAAUGCUGCUUGUAUUCCAGUCUUGGGGUUUAGAACCAGCCCAUAACACUACUACAGAUACAUAAAAAUUGCUUUGACUUUUUAAACUUUUUAUGCAUUAUAUCUGUCAAGCAGGUUUGAUUCAAGGUGAUAUGUUUAUUCUCAUGCACAUAUACACACACAAGAUUAUGGGUGGAAUGUAUGGGGGACUUGCAGUAUGCUGCAAAUAAUGGGAAAACUUGCUUGUAAAGGAUGGUGUCUAAUAAUCUCUAAUUUGUGAGUACAAGAGGUUAUGUAAGUGGGAAAAAUAUUUAGUAUUUGAUUAUGGUAAUGGUAAAAACAUCAAGAAUUAAAUUAUCAUUUUAAUAUCUUCAUUAUACUGUAUAUUCCAUCAUAAAAGACAAAACCUAUUACGUAAGAUUUGAGGUUUUCACAGCGGUGAGUAUGAGGAUUUCUGUCUUCUGGGUUGUUGCGCCGUGUAGUCUGGUCGAUGCUAACCAACGUUUCAGAGGUCAUACUGCCUCUGUCAUCAG